UUCAACAUCUGAAAUGUUCCUUCUUUAAGAAAUUCAAAAACAGAUCCGAAAUUCGGGUAAACCUCUGGAAAUUCGGAGUUGUCAUUGGAAAAGGAAGAAAAAAACCACAUCCGAUCCAAGCACUUGUUCGGAUCUUUCAACCCUUCCCUCCCCUGUUACCAACACACCCAAUUUUCCGUGUCACAAGUUUAGCGAUUUUUUCAGAAACCGACUCAAAUCGCAAAAGGGUCUUCGAUCUGAACAUUUUAGACAAAAGGGUAUCUAUCUAUCUAUCCAUCCAUUAGAACACUGCACACUGCACUAUUGGAUAAUCUAGUUUUCUUCAAAAACAGUGUUUGAAUAAGUCACAGAAAGAAAUGAGCAAGAAACAAGCAGUGAACUUGGACGACGAGCAAAUCGCGGAGUUACGCGAGAUUUUCCGUUCAUUCGAUCGGAACAACGACGGAAGCCUCACACAAUUGGAGUUAAGUUCGCUUCUACGAUCACUGGGUUUGAAGCCAAGCCCUGAGCAAUUAGAGAGCUUUAUUCAGAAGGCUGAUACCAACAACAACGGACUUGUAGAAUUUUCGGAGUUUGUGGCGUUGGUGGCGCCGGAGCUUCUGCCGGCAAAGUCGCCGUACUCUGAGGAGCAGCUGAGGCAGCUGUUCAGAAUAUUUGAUAGAGAUGGAAAUGGGUUCAUCACUGCGGCGGAGUUGGCUCACUCUAUGGCAAGACUUGGCCAUGCUCUCACGGCGGAGGAGUUGACUGGGAUGAUUAAGGAGGCUGAUACUGAUGGUGAUGGCAGAAUCAGUUAUCAGGAGUUUGCUCAGGCUAUAACUUCUGCUGCUUUUGAUAAUUCAUGGGCUUAACAACCCACUCUUCUUGUUUGCAGAUUAGACAGCGAAACUUGGAUUGAUUCAAGGCACUGCCAUAUGUCUAAAUAGGGUCCAAGCCUCUACAUGAGUCAUAUUUCUGUAGACAGUGGUGCUAAACUAGUGAUCGAGCUAGUGCUUAGGUUUGAGUUAGAAGAUUUUGAAUGCUAUUUGAUACCCUUUUCGUAUCCGAGGAGGAGGAGCCUGGACAUUAAAUUUUUGGGUCUUGUGGCGAUGUUGAAAGUUGAUGGUUUUUAAAAAUUACUGAUAAGCAAGUAUUUCAUGGUAUUAUCAUAUCACAGCAGAAUCACAAGAAACACCAAAAUAGAUUUGUUUCAAGAAUUUUUCGGAGUUACUAUCAUUGUUUUUCAUUAGGGGUGAGCAAAGAACCUCAAAACCAAAUCGAUUGCUAUCUUAAAUUCCAG